AUGCUGAGUUUGGCGAAUAAGACAACAUCAUUACUCCGCGGAGGUGGUUGUGGAUCUGUUAAAAUAAGUCCACACACAGAUGAAAACUUAAAGUCAGAUAAUUAAGCCAUAUAGAACUUCAUCAACAGAUACAAUUACUUUGUUGAAAAAAUUUGCACAAAAGCUGCUGUGGCUGCAAAUUAAUCAGAAUCUUAAGAAAUAAUGAUAGCUAUUUAAUGGUUUAUUUUUUAAGAGGAAUAUAUCUACAAACUUAUCAAAAAUUGUUAAAAUGUCAAGAAAUCAUACAAUUUAAUCUUAGACGGAAUCCGUAAAUUAAUGAAAAGCUGCUUGAUCUACAUCAGAACAGAUUACUUUAAAUGCUUAUAUAUUUUAUAAACUACAGCAUCUCUCUCUAAAGUUAUAUUUAGUUUUCAUAUAAUGAAUGAAGAGAGAUUUAUGAAAUACGAAUUAUAAAAGGAAUUUUUAGAUAUUUCAGAUGAAUUAAAAUAAUAAAUGGAAAUAGAGAAAAAUGAUUUGAUUCAUAUUUAAAUGGAGCUUUACCUUUUCUUAACCAAGACUUCUUUUGAGAUGGCUCCAAAUAAUAGUAACGAAAGAGAAGACAUUUUAAAAGGGUGUUUAAGUGGUGUAAUUGGCUCUAUAAUGCAAAUGAAACCUAAUGCUGAAUUACUUGAAUCUUUGUUUAAAGGAGCUCUUCUAGCUUACAAAAUGUAUGCAGUUUCAAAAAAUAGAAAAUAAUAUGAAGUUUAUUUUUAAAUAGACAUGUUGUAAUGGGAGAUCAUUAAUUAUUUUAAAAAUGAAAAAGAAAAAAAUUUAGUAGAAAUAAUUGAAAAAAUUCAGACAAUCCAUGAACAACUUGUGAAAAAUUCAAUUAAUUGGAAGACUCAUUUUUUGUGGAUUUAAAUGAUUGGGAAAAUUUUAAUAUAUAAUCCCAUGUUAACUAAACAAAAAUUAUAUCAGCUGACUAGUUAAUUCAAUUUAGGAGCCAGUUCAAGGUAAAUGUGGAAGGAAUAUCAAAACAAAGGAUUACUAAUUUAAAUGAACCAUAGCAAUGAUUAAGCUGUCAUCCUACUUAACUAACUUUAAAAUAAAGAAUUACUUUAACUUGAUAGAGUUAUAUUAGAAGAUUGUUUCAAAGAAUGGGAAAACUUCUUAUUACUUAAAGACUACUUUUUAAAUGAAAAAAAUCCAAAUAUCUAUUUCACAUUUUAAUCAUAUUUACAAAUCAAAUUAAAAAUAGGAAGCAUUGAACCCUAAAAAGACGAAAAUAUUUUGAUUGGAAAAAUCUUGACAUUUUUUGAUUUCAUUAUUUCAAAUAAAUUACUAGGUUUAAUUAAAGAAAAUUAUGAGAAAUUAGGUGUCUCACUUAACUGA